CCCGAGCUGUCACCGGGCGCUUCGCCAUCGAUGUCGGAGCCGACUUGAGUCCAGGUGGAUCCAACGAGGUCAAACACGCGAACAUGACCGCGGCUUCCAGAAGCAUAUGUUACGCCAUCAUUCCGAGGAGCACCGAUGGCCAAACGAGAGCCAUCACUGGACAUGGCCACCGACCACCCCGAAUCGUCAGCGGCCGCUUCGCCAUCGAUGUCGGCGCCGACUUGAGUCCAGGUGGAUCCAAUGAGGUCAAACACGCGAACAUGACCUCUUUUGGAACCACCACAUGUCCCGCAGGCACCGAUGGCCAAACGAGAACCAUCACUUGAGAUAGCCACUGCUCUCCCCGAUUGGUCACCGGCCGCUUCGCCUCGGCGCCGACUUGAGUCCAGAUGGAUCCAAUGAGGUCAAACACGCGAACAUGACCGCUACGAGAACCACCGCCAUCAUUCUCAACAGCACCGAUGGCCAAACGAGAGCCAUCACUGGACAUGGCCACUGAAUGUCCCGAACUGUCCCAGACCGCUUCGCCAUCGAUGUCAGCGCCGACUUGAGUCCAACUGGAUCCAAUGAGGUCAAACACGCGAACAUGACCGUUGGCAUCACCGCCGCCAUCAUUCCAGUAAGCACCGAUGGCCAAACGAGAGCCAUCACUGGACAUGGCCACUGCUGUCCCCGAUUCGUCACCGGCCGCUUCGCCAUCGAUGUCGGCGCCGACUUGAGUCCAGGUGGAUCCAAUGAGGUCAAACACGCGAACAUGACCGCUGUUGCUCGCAUAGCGAGCACCGAUGGCCAAACGAGAGCCAUCACUGGACAUGGCCACCGACCACCCCGAAAGGUCACCCUCUUCGCCAUCGAUGUCGGCGCCGAUUUGAGUCCAGGCGACGGUCUCCUCAAGCUCGCGCAGAGAAGAGGCUGGCUCAGUGGCGGCCUGCGCGGUAGUCUCAGUGCACUGAUCAGCUUGGUCAGGGAGCAGCUUCACUAACUGCCAUCAAGCAAGCAAGCAAGCAAAUGUGCGCCUAUAUCUAUGCAGACGUGCGUCAUUCUGUGUGCACCCCUCUGUGCUGGUCUGUGUGUGUGACUUGAGGGAAUAACCUUAGAGCAGAUCAUCUUGAAGUAGUCCCCGGCUUGCUUGCGAGCGACCUUUCCGGCCGUUGUGUCGCCCAGAGAAGUGAUGAAUACGGCGGCGUUCGCUAGGAAGCAUCGCUCCGCGCACACGUCCCAAGGCAUAUCAUCAUCAGACAACUUACCUGACGAAUGACAGGGAAAAAAGAAAGAGAGAAAGAAACUGCUCUGCUCUGCGUCUCUCUUCGGUGUCUCGGUGUGUAUAUUGAGGGGAGGGGGAGAGGGGGGGUGGCUUUUUGUGUACGAGUGAGGUACCGUGGUCCUGGAUGGCCGCCUCGUAGAUGUCAAGGUGGUUGCUGAAGUACUCAAAACAGUACGUAUCGAUAUUCUGCAU